GCGGCGUGGAGGAGGAGGUGCCGCGCGUCGCCGAGGUGGCACCGGCGACUCCGCCCCGGCGCUCUCCCAGGGCCCCCAGCUUUCCGCUAGGCCCGGCGGAAAUGAGCGGCCGCUCCGGGCGGGUGUCGGAGUUCCCGCAGCUGGGCGGGUGGUGCCGCUGUCUGGGCCGGGUCGCAUCUCGCCCUGCCCCGCCCCGCCGGAGCGGCUGCUGACCUGUGGGGGCGGGUGGUGACAGUGGCCGCCCGAAGGUGCUGUUCCCUGCGUGCCACGCCCCCUGCCCGCCCGCCUGUCCUUCAGAGACACGCCCCCUCCCGCCUCUCGGCUUCGACCCCCCUCGGGGGCCCAGGCGGGGCCCAAAUCUCCGCCAGCAUCGCCGCCAUCGUCUUCACCGCGUCCCUAGCUCAGCGAAGGACAGGCCGCGCGCCGGGACCCCCAUCGACUUCUGAGGUGCCGGCAUGGUGGGGGAGCUCCGCUACAGGGAAUUCAGAGUGCCCCUGGGGCCGGGCUUGCACGCCUAUCCAGAUGAGCUGAUCCGCCAGCGGGUGGGCCACGAUGGGCAUCCUGAGUACCAGAUUCGCUGGCUCAUCCUCCGGCGUGGGGAUGACGGGGACGGGGGCUCUAGCCAAGUGGACUGCAAGGCCGAACACAUCUUGCUGUGGAUGUCCAAUGACGAGAUCUACGCCAACUGCCACAAGAUGCUGGGCGAGGAUGGCCAGGUCAUCGGGCCCUCUCAGGAGAUUGCAGGGGAGGCUGGGGCCCUGGACAAGUCUGUGCUGGGGGAAAUGGAAACCGAUGUGAAGGCUUUGAUUCAGAGGGCCCUCCGGCAGCUGGAGGAGUGUGUGGGCACCAUCCCUCCUGCUCCUCUUCUUCAUACUGUGCACGUACUCAGCGCCUACGCCAGCAUCGAGCCUCUGACUGGGGUGUUCAAAGACCCAAGGGUCCUGGACCUGCUCAUGCACAUGUUGAGCAGUCCUGAUUAUCAGAUCCGCUGGAGUGCGGGCCGGAUGAUCCAAGCCCUGGCCUCCCAUGAUGCUGGGACCCGGACUCAGAUUCUUCUAUCGCUGAGCCAGCAAGAGGCCAUUGAGAAACACCUGGAUUUUGACAGCCGCUGUGCUCUGCUGGCUCUGUUCGCACAGGCCACGCUCUCUGAACAUCCCAUGUCUUUUGAGGGCAUUCAGCUGCCACAGGUUCCGGGAAGGCUGCUCUUCUCCCUGGUAAAGCGCUAUUUACAUGUCACUUCCCUUCUGGACCAGCUGAAUGACAGCACUGCAGAACCAGGGGCCCAGAACAGCUCUUCUCCUGAGGAGUUGAGUGCGGAAAGGGAUCGACUGGAGCUGGAGUUCAGCAUGGCCAUGGGCACCUUGAUCUCAGAGCUGGUGCAGGCCAUGCGCUGGGACUGGGCCUCGAGCAGACAAGGGCCCUUGGCCCGGUCUUCCUGCUCCAUCUUCCAGCCCCAGAUGGCGGAGGCUGGCCGGGGGCUGCCACCCACCCGGGCCCAGCCCUCCAUUAGGAGGUCAAGGAGGUUCCGCCCUCGCUCUGAGUUUGCAAGUGGCAACACUUAUGCCUUGUACGUGCGAGAGACACUGCAGCCUGGGAUGCGAGUGCGCAUGCUGGAUGACUACGAGGAGGUCAGCGCUGGGGACGAGGGCGAGUUCCGCCAGAGCAACAACGGCGUGCCCCCUGUGCAGGUGUUGUGGGAGUCGACGGGCCGCACCUACUGGGUACACUGGCACAUGCUGGAAAUUCUGGGCUUUGAGGAAGACAUUGAGGAUGUGGUUGAGGCUGAGGACUACCACAGGGCAGUGGUCAGUGGAGCCCUGGGUAUAGCUGUGCCCUCCUGGCGGUGGAAACCCAUGACAGAGCUCUAUGCGGUGCCCUACGUGCUGCCUGAGGAUGAGGAUGCUGAGGAGAGUGAACACCUGUCCCAGGCGGAGUGGUGGGAGCUCCUCUUCUUCAUCAAGAAGCUGGACGGCCCCGACCAUCAGGAGGUUCUCCAGAUUCUGCAGGAGAACCUGGAUGGGGAGGUUCUGGAUGACGAGAUCCUGGCUGAGCUGGCCGUGCCUAUAGAGUUGGCCCAGGACCUGCUGCUGGCUCUGCCACAGCGACUCGAUGACAGCGCUCUCAGGGACCUGCUCAACUGCCGUGUCUACAGGAAAUAUGGGCCCGAGGCUCUGGCAGGGCAGCCAGCUUACCCAACCCUGCUGGAAGCCCAGGCUCAGCCUCAGGAAUCAGCAGGUGCAGCCAGAGAGGAAGGAAAAGAACCCCCAACACAGUAUCCUGAUACUCCUCUGCGGCGACUGAUGGAGGGCUGCGGUCCACCUGGAAGGACCUUCCUGGACCUGGAGCACGCCCUCAGCUCAGGGGGGCCCCAGGAGACAGAGAUCAAGCCUUUCCUGCUCCAGCUGCAGCGGCAGCCCCAGCCCUUCCUUACACUGAUGCGGAGCCUUGCCACCCCGGCAGCCAACAAGCCCCUGCACUUGACCGUUCUGAGAAUCCUGAUGCAGCUGGUGGACUUCCCCGAGGCGCCGCUGCUCCCCUGGCACGAGGCCAUGGACGCCUGCAUGGCCUGCCUGCGGUCACCAGACACUGACCGAGAGGUGCUCCAGGAGCUGAUCUUCUUCCUGCACCGCCUGGCCUCCGUGAGCAGGGACUAUGCCGUGGUCCUGAAUCAGCUGGGAGCCCGAGAUGCCAUCUCCAAGGCCCUGGAAAAGCACCUGGGAAAACUGGAGCUGGCUCAGGAGCUGCGGGACAUGGUGUUCAAGUGUGAGAAGCAUGCCCACCUCUACCGGAAACUCACCACCAACAUCCUGGGAGGCUGUAUCCAGGUCAGGAGGGAGGGCAGGCGGAGGCUUGUGGGUUCACCACGGGGUGAGAACAUGAACCCUGAGCAGUGGCGGGGGAGGAGGCAGUGUUCCUGCAGCUGGGAAGGGCAGGCAAGGCCAGUGAACCCAAGGGCAUUUGUUCUCUGCAACCCCUCCCCCACCUGGUCCUGCUGUACCAGGGUUCUGGAGGAGGUCCCACUGCUGCCAGGUCUUUCCUCCACACACGUUUGCACGUGCUCUUCUCUCCUCCCCGCACCCUUCUUUCUGCUCUUCCGGCUGCAGAUGGUGCUGGGCCAGAUCGAAGACCACAGACGGACCCACCGACCCAUCAACAUCCCGUUCUUUGACGUGUUCCUCAGAUACCUGUGCCAGGGCUCCAGUGUGGAGGUGAAGGAGGACAAGUGCUGGGAGAAGGUAGAGGUGUCCUCCAACCCCCACCGGGCCAGCAAGCUGACGGACCGCAACCCCAAGACCUACUGGGAGUCCAACGGCAGUGCGGGCUCCCACUACAUCACCUUGCACAUGCACCGGGGCGUUCUUAUCCGGCAGCUGACUCUGCUGGUGGCUGGUGAAGACUCGAGCUACAUGCCGGCGAGGGUGGUGGUGUUUGGGGGCGACAGCCCCAACUCUCUUAACACAGAACUCAACUCGGUCAACGUGAUGCCGUCCGCCAGCCGGGUGGUCCUCCUGGAGAACCUGAACCGCUUCUGGCCUGUCAUCCAGAUCCGCAUAAAGCGCUGCCAGCAGGGCGGCAUUGACACACGCAUCCGGGGCUUAGAGGUCCUGGGCCCCAAGCCCACCUUCUGGCCGGUGUUCCGGGAGCAGCUGUGCCGUCACACACGCCUCUUCUACAUGGUUCGGGCACAGGCCUGGAGUCAGGAUAUAGCAGAGGACCGCAGGAGCCUCCUGCACCUGAGUUCUAGACUCAAUGGGGCUCUGCGGCAGGAGCAGAAUUUUGCUGAUCGCUUCCUCCCUGAUGACGAGGCCGCCCAAGCACUGGGCAAGACCUGCUGGGAGGCCCUGGUCAGCCCCCUGGUGCAGAACAUCACCUCCCCCGACGAGGAUGGCAUCAGCCCCCUGGGCUGGCUGCUGGACCAGUACCUGGAGUGUCGGGAGGCUGCCCACAACCCCCAGAGCCGUGCGGCUGCUUUCUCCUCGAGGGUGCGCCGUCUCACCCACUUGCUGGUGCACGUUGAGCCCUGUGAGGCGCCGCCUCCAGCCGUGGCUGCUCCCCGCCCCAAGGGCAGAAACCGAAGCCAUGACUGGAGCUCCCUGGCCACCCGGGGGCUCCCCAGCAGCAUUGUGAGAAACCUGACCCGCUGCUGGGGGGCAGUGGUGGAGGAGCAGGUGAACAACUUCCUGACUUCGCACUGGCGGGAUGAUGACUUUGUGCCGCGCUACUGCGAACACUUUCACAACCUGCAGAAGUCGAGCUCCGAGCUGUUUGGGCCCAGGGCGGCCUUCCUGCUGGCCCUGCACAAUGGCUGUGCCGGAGGCUUACUGAAGCUCCCAUUCCUCAAAGCCGCCCAUGUGAGUGAGCAGUUCGCCCGGCACAUCGACCAGCGGAUCCAGGGCAGCAGGAUUGGCGGAGCCCGCGGGAUGGAGAUGCUGGCGCAGUUGCAGCGCUGCCUGGAGACGGUCCUCAUUUUCUCUGGCCUGGAGAUAGCCACCACCUUCGAGCAUUACUACCAGCACUACAUGGCCGACCGUCUCCUCAGCGUGGGCUCGAGCUGGCUGGAGGGGGCCGUGCUGGAGCAGAUCGGUCCCUGCUUCCCCAACCGCCUCCCCCAGCAGAUGCUGCGCAGCCUGAGCACGUCUGAGGAGCUGCAACGCCAGUUCCAUGUCUAUCAGCUCCAGCGGCUCGAUCAGCAGCUCCUGAAGCUGGACGACACCGAAAAGAAGAUACAGGGAGGCCACGAGGCCAGCGACAAGGAGCACAAGGGAGAGAAAGCAGACGGACCUGGGGUUGCAGCGGCCACGGGGGAGGAGGACGAGGAAGAAGAGGAAGAUGAGGAUCUCUACUAUGAGGGGGCAAUGCCAGAAGUGUCUGUGCUGGUCCUGUCACCUCGCUGCUGGCCCAUUGCCUCCAUCCGCCACACGCUCAACCCCAGAACUUGCCUGCCCUCCUACCUCAGAGGCACCGUGAACCAGUACUCCAACUUCUACAGCAAGAGUCAGAGCUACCCGGCCCUGGAGCGAGGCCCGCAGAGGCGGCUGCAGUGGACGUGGCUGGGCCGGGCUGAGCUGCAGUUUGGGGACCAGACCCUGCAUGUGUCCACCGUGCAGAUGUGGCUGCUGUUGUAUCUCAACGACCUGAAGGCUGUCUCCGUGGAGAGUCUGCUGGCGCUCUCUGGGCUCUCUCCAGACAUGCUCGAUCAGGCGAUUGGGCCUCUUACCUCUUCGAGAGGCCCCCUGGACCUUGAAGAGCAAAAGGAUGUCCCAGGAAGGCUGCUCAAGAUUCGGGAUGCCAGUGAGGAGCCCAGGCCAAGGAGGGGCAAUGUGUGGCUCAUCCCACCUCAGACGUACCUGAAAGCUGAGGAUGAAGAGGGUCGGAAUCUGGAGAAGAGACGGAACCUUCUGAACUGCCUCAUUGUCCGAAUCCUCAAGGCGCAUGGGGACGAGGGGCUGCACAUUGACCAGCUUGUCUGUCGGGUCCUGGACGCCUGGCAGAAGGGCCCGUGCCCUCCCAGAGGUUUGGUCAGUAGCCUUGGUAAGGGGUCUGCCUGUGGCAGUACCGAUGUCCUCUCCUGUGUCCUGCACCUCCUGGGCAAGGGCACCGUGAGGCGCCAUGAUGAUCGGCCCCACACACUGUCCUAUGCGGUCCCUGUGACGGUGAUGGAGCCUCACACUGAGUCCCUGAACCCAGGCUCUUCUGGCCCCAACCCGCCCCUCACCUUCCACACCCUGCAGAUCCGCUCUCGGGGCGUGCCCUAUGCCUCCUGCACCGGCACCCACAGCUUCUCUACCUUCCGGUAGCCCUGGAGAUAGGACCAGGGCUUUCCAUGGAAAUAAAAUGCAGGAGUUUGGUUACA